UAAGCCAAGGGCUAUACGAACGGUAACUGCAGGUGAUAAAACAACUUUGUGGGGACGUCUGGGAGAAUUGUCCGCCUUAUCAGGCUCGACACCCGUUUGGUGUCAACAUUGUGCUUGUACCUCAAUGCUGGACUGUGUUAAUGAUGGCUUCGUUUUGUAUACAAUAUUCUCAUUGUCUGAGACAUACUAUGCUUAUCUUUAUACGUAUUAGCCUACUGUUAACCAUUUUCCUUACAAAUGGACACUAUUACUCUGAGAACACAGAAUAUGACGGUUGCAGUUUGUUGAGCUCCCCUGGACACCAUACAAUGGGACUACAAGCAACUGCCAGUAGAAUGUGCUUUCUGUGCCUACGACUAAGGAAAUAACUGUAUAUCAGCAGAAACACUGGUGAACAAAACUAGAUUUUGGGUUUUCUAAAGACGUAAAAACACAGGACAGAUGGCAAUCGAAAAGGUGAUGGAUAUUCCCUCUGAUAAUGUGUAUGCGUAUGCAUUAUCAAAAACCCUCACAAAGGUUUCUUCUCCCGUGACGGUGGGUCUGUAUUCAGAAUGUCACAACAGGAUCAACAUGGUUCUUAAGAACAUCGAGGUGCAUAUGGAUCAAGAGGCUAAAAGAAGAGAAACGAACACUAAGGAACCAAAGCCUCGCUCAAUUACACCGUCCGUUUCUGAUCUGCUUUCUCUGAUCUUGCGGCUCCUCUUUUAUCGGCCCGUGUGGACGGAGCAGAACCAGAACAUGAAGAACAUUCGUUAUCUGUUCGUGAGGUUCAGCGCGUGGCAUUUUGCUGGCAGUGACCUGCUCUGGGCUGGACUAGUAAUGCAGUUGUGCAAGGCUCUUCAAAACAGCUUUGGUAAGCUCCAGCUGGGACUUUUCCGGAUCGCCCAACACGACCCAGAGGAAGAUGCAAGAAAGAAGAAGAUUGAGGAUAUUUCAAAGAACUGGAGGUCCAAAAAGUUGGCCUGCAUCCCCUUUUGGGUACUAAUACUCAUGGGAUUCAUUGGUUCACUCCUUAUUCUGGUUCCUCUCAUUAUAUAUGGAUUUCCAGAUCUGAAGGACUACAAUGAAGGAGAAGAAGUUGAGUCGACAAGUGGGUCUGGUGUACUGGAAGGUUUUGCCAUCGCUGUACUUGGUGUUCCUGCAGUUGGAGCUCUACGAUUCAUAUUUUUGUUGUUGAAGAAUCUCAUCUUCAACCAAGACCUUAAAAUUAGACAAGGGCUGGACAACAAGAAGGUAAGUCAGCAGCUGGGACUAAUGCAUGAAGUUCGUAAGGAGAUGAGACUGCUGUGCUGCUUCAUUUACUUCAUGGAGGUCUUCGAAAGGAGGAGGAUCAGGGUGGUGUUGGAGAUCACCAACUUGGAUCGUUGCACACCGAAGAAAAUUGUCGGUGUUUUGGAUGCCAUCAACAUUCUCCUAUCUGAUGAAGAGAGUCCCUUCAUUUCUGUGCUUGCUGUUGAUCCAGAAGUCUUGGUGAGGCAGGUCGAACAGGCAGAAAAUUGUGUAGACAAAAGAGACUCUGCAUAUGACUUUCUAGAUCGUAUAAUCACACUGCCCUUCACCGUACCUCCACUAUCUGACGCAUCAAAGUCCAGCGUCUUUGAAAACAUUGUCCGUGGUCAGUCUGAGAUCUCUGAAGACAUUCCUCUUGAGGGGACCGCUGCAUCUACUUCAAGUCCUUUGACAUCGUUCUCUGUAGAAGAUGAGUAUCGUGUAAAGUGCAGUGAGACUGAAGAACAAGUCACCCCUUUGAUUGCAAACACUCUGGAAAACUCUAAAACCUUUGCUGCAACAGAACUUAAUCUAAAUGAAGUGGAUAGCUUAAUCGAGUCUGCAUUUUCUUACAUCUUCUCAAGACAAAAAAGCAAACUUCAAUCAUAUAUAUCUGGAAACACCAUGUCCAUGAGACGAGUGAUUAACUCAAUUCAAGUAACCAUUUUGAUUAUGGAGACCCAAAAAUUGGAGCCUCCACCUCCAGAGAAGAUAGCAGCUUGGGUGGUUUUGGUGGACCGCUGGCCUUGCAGAUUAAGUUGGAUUAUUCAAUGUGUUGAAGAUGACCAACAGAGUAAAGAGAUAAAUGGAUCAUUCUGUGCUGCUGAUAAGACCAAGACGAUAUGGGACGUGUUCAAUUACAAUAGUCUGGAACUCUGCAUCAUUGGAAAUGAGGUGGAGAACUUUCUAGAAAGAGAUGGAGACCCUGAGCUCUUUGAGGUUUUCCUUAGGAAAGACUUCGAGUUCACUGUAGGGGAGUUGGAAAUGUUUCAGCUUUACACAGUGAACUUAAAUUACUCGAUCAAGAACGAGCUGGCCAGGGUUCGUGGAAGCCGCAGACUGAAGAUAGCGGGGAGAAAUGCUUUCCAGUCCCUCUCAUCACAAACUGUAGUGAACAUGAAAACUGAUGAUAUUUGUCAAGAGCUGUCAAAACUAAGCCUCCCAGAGAAAUACCUUGAAACAGUAAGGAAAAAUUUCAUAGAUGGCAGAACGAUCCUCUUCAGUGACACCAAAGACCUCAGGCAAGUCCUGCAAAUGACUCUGGGAGAAUGGACGACUUUUAAAAUUCAUUUCCUAGGGGUCAUGCCUCCCAGUCGGCCAGCUCAGGCAAAAAGUCUUCGAGAUGCCAUAUACCCUGGAGUGGUCAUAUGCUCAUCUGACCAUAACAGUUAAGCAGUUUAACUGACCUUGAGGUUUGCAUCUUUGCAUUUUUCCUCCUGUGCAUGCAUUCAGUGGACUAAGACUGUUUCAGUAAACAAUACUGCAUCAAUACAAAAAUAUAAUUCCUUACGGUGAGACAAAAAUAAGACUGUAAACGUACACCGCCAACUAGACUUAAAAAUAGAGCUUUGUUAUGCAGAGCUCCAAACAGAUCAAAUGUGUAAGAUGCAUGAUUGAUAAUGGGAAUAAGUGGUUUUAUUUUGCUAAGCUAUUAAAAUUAUGCAAUGAUUCUCAAUGAAACUUUUCCUGAAUGUAAUUUCAGUAUGAAUUAAAAAACUAUUUUUUUU